AUGUCCACAGAGCUGCUUUAUCCAUUUCUCGAUCCGCAUCUUCCAAUCCCCCUCCAUGCACGGAGGGGCUAAUUUUUAUUUUGAAAAAAAUAUAUUAUAUAUAAACUUUACAACAUCGAAAUUUAAAAAAAUCCAAUUUACAAAACUUGGAAAUCAAAUAUUAAUUUAAUUUGUGCUUUAAAAUGCAAUUAAACAGAAUGUUAGAGAUGUCAUUAUACUAAUUAUCACUUACUUACUUAUCAAAUUUUGUUUUUCAUACAAAUUUUUGUUCGAUCAUGGAGUGGGGAGAGUAAGUAUUCUUGAUGAGAGCAUCCGAAAGCCUUUUAGAGAUCUCCAAGAAGAAGCAAAAGCUAAUGAAAGCGCAAAACAAUAUUUUUUCUUUUUGCUUUUUAAACGUUUGGAGCCUUUAGAUGCCCAUCAAGUGCUUAGCGUCCUUGAGUUAAUAAAGAUCUGUAAAUCUAAAAAUCCUGACCUGGCUUUCUAUGUCGAAGAUUUAGCCAGGUUGGUGGAGAAGAAAUUUGACUUGGAUUAUAGCAGUCUGGUUAUAGAAAACUAUGAAGAAAAUAAAGGGCCUGAAGUUGAAAGCAUAAUCAAUAAUGCAAAAAUAUCCUUAAAUAUAUUAACUAAAAUAUGAAAUUUGUCAACCGAUCAUUAAUUUUAGCUUAUUAAUUUAUCCAAAUCUUAAUUAAUUAGAAGCCUUGAGUAUGCAAACAAACUUUGAGGCAUAAAUUAUUCUGAAAUUUUUAAGGCUGUUAAAAAGUGGAUCUCAGUUAUUGAAGAAAUGAGAAAUUUGAAGUUCGAUACUAACUCCCCCCCCCCCCCCCCCCCUCCGUGAGCGAACAAAACCAUUAGAAAAAUCGCCAUUUUUUGACCAAAAACCCACCCUCCGUGAGUGAACAAAAAUUUUUUUUUAAUAGAAAAAAUUUUAAUGGAAAAAAAUUUUGAUAUAUAAGUGAUAAUUAGUAUAAUGAAAUCUAGAGCUAAUUCUGUUUAAUUUUAAACAAAUUGCGUUUUAAAACAUAAAUUUUGCAAAUUAAAUUAAUAUUUGCUUCCAAUUUUUGCAAAUUAGGAUUUUUUUAAAUUUCGAAAAAAAUAUUUUUUAUAAAAUUUAUAUAUAAAUUUUUUUUAAAAAAAAAAAAUUAACCCCCCUCCGUAAGCGAACAAAAUUUUUUUGUUCGCUCACGGAGGGGGGGGGGGAGUAAGAGCUUAGAAAAUUAUAUAGUCACUAAUAUAUGCGACAUAGAUUCGUCAUCCUCAAAUUUCUUUGAUAUUGCUGAUAUGAUUAAAGACUAUGAAGAGAUAAAUAAUUGUUUACAUAUUGAAGAGCAGCCGAUUUUGCUCGCCACUUUGCUCAAUGGCGAACUCAGAAAUAAAGAGCAUCUAGAACUUAUAAAAAAUUCAAGUUCUUUGGCAAAUAAAGAGGAGAUGCUGGAGCCUUAUAAAAAAUACGAUUUCGAUGAAGCUAGGUUUAGGUCAUCAAUUCGCAAAGUUUUUGAUAUUUAUAGUGAUUGCAUCCCAGAGCUCAAAUCAAGAAUUGAUAAAUACAAAACAUAUUUUCCAGCUUUAAUAGAAAUCCCUCAAAUAGAUCGAUCCCAAUCAGCCCGUCAAAUGCAUCAGCCUUCUCCAUCUAUACCCCAAAUAGAGAGAGGCCAAUCAGCCGAAGAAUUAUCUCACUCCCACCUAUAAAUUUGAAGAAAUAUAGGCAAAAUUUUUAUUUUUGAGUAAUAUCCCACUUUUAAUUGAAACAAAAUUUAUUUUUUAAUUGAAGUUUAUAGGCAAAAAUCCUAAAUUUUAAAAGUAAUUCUAGCAUAAUCAUUUGGUGAGUAAAUUAAAAUACUAAUUAAAUAGUUGGCAAGCUAAAUCAGUUAUAUUUUAAAUUAAAUAAUGAUAAGAAUAAAUCAAAUUUCAAAAAUAUUUGUUUAAUUUAUUGUUUUAAUUAUUUUAAAUUUUUUUUAUUAUGAAUUAUUUUUUGAAACAAUUAGCAGCACUUUAAAAUAGGCAAGGUUUUUGUUUUUAAUUUAAAUGAGGGAGUUAGUCUUCGCCAUUAAUCCCUCAAAUAAAUAGGAAUCAGCAAGAAGAAGAAAAGAAGAGUUUUGCUGAUAGUUCCACUGAUAGAUUAAGCAAUGAAUUCGCCACAACUUUUGAAGAAAUUGAGCCUUUUGACAUGAACAAUCUCGAAAUUAAAAGUUGGGAACCCUUAACAACUCCCCUAUAAUCUGGAACAAAAAUUCUGUUUCAAUUUAAAAAUUGAACCAAUAUUUUUGAAUUUUAUUUUGUUUUUAUGAAGAAUUACUUAAAUAAUUUAAUUAAUUCAUGUGAAAAGAAAUUGAAUAAUAUUCUAGCUACACUUCUUGCAAUAAAUUAGGACAAAAUUAAUUUCAUAAAAAUUAAAAUUUUAAACUAUAAUUUAUAGGAUUAAAAUACCCAAAAAUGGGAAUUUUACCUAUUUUUUGUUCCAAUAUUAAGGGGGGAUUAAGAGAAACUAUCGACAGGAUAAUUCCUCUAACAAUCAAAUCAGAAGACGUUGAUUUUUAUGUCUCCAGAGUAAGAUAUUACAAGCCAAAUGGAAAAGUAGAAGAGGUGGUGGUUAAAUGCCAUCUAGGUCCAAACGAUUUUAAACUUACAAGGUAUAAACAGGAAGCUGAUAUUAUGGCAAAAGCUUAUUCUACAGGGUCUUCAAGUUUUAUGAAAAUUUAUGGUGCUUUUUAUGACAUGGGAAAUGGAAAGCAUAGGUUUACAUUGGUCAUGGAAGGCUGCAAAGAGUCACUUAAAGAUGAAAUUAAACGAAUGAAGAGCAAAGGAGCAAGGUAUUCAGAAGCAAAUGUUAUGAAGUUUCUCCUUGAUAUGCUUAACGCAUUCAAAAUACUUAUUGAUUUGAAAAUUAUCCAUAGAGAUAUAAAACCCAGCAAUAUUUUUGUAGUCGAUGGUAAUGGAGAAAAUAUAUAUAAGAUAUAGAAAUUGCCCGAGGAUGGCGCUAUAUUGCGCCAUCCUCGGGCAAUUGGAGACACGGCUCCACACGGGAAUUGUGUUCCACGUGUGGAGCCAUUUUUCCACGUGGGAAAAUGUGGAUUCCACACGUGGAAAAAUGUGGAUUCCACACGUGGAAAAAUGGCUCCACACGUGGAAUACGGUUCCCGUGUGGAGCCAAUUUUCGCUUGCCCUAGGAUGGCGCCAUAUAGCGCCAUCCUAGGGCAAAUCCUAUAGGGGAUUUCGAUGCAAGCUUGGUGUCAAAUCGAUCAAUAAACACCACCCAUUCAACCCGAGUAGGAAUUGUAGGAACUGAAAUUUAUAUGGCUCCAGAGAUUUAUAAAGCUUGGGAAGAUUCCAGAAAACGGAGAAAAAAAGAAAAAGAUAAAAGGUUAGAAGAACUAAGCGCUGCUUUGAAAGAAAGAAGGACAUUAGCUGACGUUUUCUCUUUAGGCUUGACUGUACUUGAAAUGCUUAAAUUAGAUCCAGAAGAUAUUCAAGGACUUAACUGUGCUGAGCAAGAAGUAAUUAAUGAUGAAAUUGAUGGUAUUGAAGGCUUUGAUUGGCUGAAGCCUAUUUUGAAAGAUAUGCUUACUGUGGAUUAUCAUGAUAGAUUAAGCUUUGGUAGACUUUAUGAAAAAUAUUACGAUGUCUUGAAAAGUGCUAACCCAAAUACAAUUAUUGACUAA